AUGACCUUGAAGGCGCCGAAGGUGAAGACGGAUGCCUCACCCGCGGUGGAGAAUGGUGACGGUAACAUGCUCGCGGUGCCUUCGACGGCCACCUCAGCCCCUCCGACGGGGAACAUCAACUCGCACAGGAAUACGUAUCAUUCGGCGCUUUCGGACACUCUGGCUAACUUGGAACUGAAUGAUGAGAAGAAGAAGUACGAUUUGCGAAAUGAGGACCUCAAGGAGCUGCGAGAGCUAGGACAGGGUAACGGCGGCAGUGUGAAGUUGGUUGAGCACACACCGACGGGCACCAUUAUGGCAAAGAAAAUUGUCCUCAUUGAUGCUAAACCAGCGGUGCGGAAGCAGAUUCUCCGUGAACUGCACAUUAUGCAUGAUUGUCAUUGCCCCUACAUCGUCUCCUUCUACGGCGCUUUCUUGUCUGACCCCAACAUCUGCAUAUGCAUGGAAGCUAUGGACAAAGGGUCGCUUGACGGGAUAUACAAGAAGAUCGGCCCCAUAGACAUUGAAGUCGUGUCUAAGGUGGCGCUGGCGGUACUUGAAGGGCUCACGUAUCUCUACGAUGUCCACCGAAUUAUCCACCGAGAUAUCAAGCCGUCGAAUAUCCUGUUCAACUCGGAAGGACAAAUCAAGAUUUGUGACUUUGGCGUCUCGGGUGAGCUGAUCAACUCAAUAGCAGACACGUUCGUCGGGACAUCAACAUACAUGAGCCCCGAGCGUAUUCAAGGCGCGCAGUACACCGUAAAGUCGGACGUCUGGUCCCUCGGGAUCUCGCUCAUCGAGCUCGCCCUCGGGAGAUUCCCCUUCUCCGACUCCUCGUCAGACGAUUCCGACCUCUCCGACCUCGAGGGCACGCUCUCGCCCGCGCGUCCCGGGUCCAUCGCGCUCCCGCCGAGCCGCUCGCUCGAGGAGCGCAAGCGGGAGAAAGACAAGCGUAAUAAGCGCAAGAGCAAGGGCCACAUCGUGAACGAGCCCGCGCCGCGGCUGACGCCCGAGGGCCGCUUCCCGAAGAUGGCAGAGGAAUUUGUGGACAGCUGUUUGUUGAAGGACCCGGAUGCGAGACAGACGCCGAAGCAGUUGCUGAAACAUCCUUGGAUCGACCAUGCACGGAAGUCAGACUUCAACCUCGCAGAAUGGGCCUCAACGUUCUAG